AUGUUUUGGCUCCAUGCGUUCUCACAUGGCAAAAGCCUUUUUUCGUUCGAUUGCAGCUCCAAGAGCUCAGUCGGCAUCCAACAGAUUGAAUACCAAAAUAACUCGGGAGGUUACUCCCAGAGGCUGCUCAACGUCAUGGAUGAAGGCCGUCUCGUCCUCUGCACUUGUGUGGCUUCUGCUCUGCUGGCAGCGCACUGGCACAUAUCAAAGAGGGACGUGAAAGCCAUGAUCUGGCACCUGGCGGGAGCCUUUCGAAUCCUGGAGAAGACAGUUUCUGGCUCCGCCCCGGAAGUGCCGGAUCUCAGCCUCUUGGAUCGCCGAGUUGAGACGGAGUUGGGCCACGUACGUGUGGCCAUGUUCUUGGAUUUCACCAGACUCUGCAUUCACCCCACCUUCGUGCUGCUCCUGGUGUCUGGAGCGGAGUUUGCCCGCGAGCCCAGCUUCUGCUGUGGGAGCUGGCUGGCGGGCUUGUCACUUGUGUAUCUUGCCUACUAUCCGCUUCUUCAAGGCUGGGUCACUAUGACGCCUUCUCGCAUGGUCUCGGGGAGGAUCCUCCUGCGCACGGUCACUUGGGUAGCCGCAGUUGGAAGCGGUUUCGGUGACAGAGACAGCUUCCCGGGACGCAUGGGCAUCCUUCUUGGAUCCCAUGUGUUGACGUCCAUACUCUUUCGGGCCGGAGCAGGGACUGUAAUUGACUGCUUGUGCACGACUGUCGUCUGGAUGUGGGCCACGACACAGAUCUAUGGCCAGAAUGCAAUGAACCUUUGGCUUGUGGUGUUCCACCUGGCUUUCCAGCUGUUGGUGUGCAUCGGUGUGCCGUUCUUGCUGGAGCGUACUCUGAGGGAGCGCAUCAUCAUGUCCUUCCAGUCGCAGGACUCCAACUCGCUGAUUGCUGGCUUUCGUCAGAUUUUGAAAGGAGUUUGUGAUGGCGAGUUGCUCUUGGACAACAACUUCCAGGUUUGCGGCAGCGCCCCAUGCCUGCAACGCCUGCUGGCAAGCAAUAAGGACUUCACGGGUUGCUGUUUUCGAGAGCUCAUCGACGACGAGCUGUCGCAGAGUCUGUUCGACAGCUUCUUGGAGGCGAGUGGACCUACGGGGCACGAGGUAGCCCACGUCAGCAAGGAAGGGGCGCCCCGCUGCCUCCGAGUCCCCCUCAGGGAUGGAACUGGUCCGCGUGCGUCGGUGGACGUCUUUCACGUGCCGCUGCCACCCAGUCUCUAUGGUGCAAAUGCGACUUUCCAUCUGCUCGCCAUGGCAGAAGACAUUGAUUGCCGGACGCAUCCCGAGGCAGACCCGACUUCCCAGAACGCUCUCCCGAGCAGCCUCCUGGCAAACAGAGGCGCCUCGUCACAGCGGUCCGAAGCGAGCACUGAGACGCAGGUGCAAUGCUGGGAUGAACUCGCGGAGAUGACGCUCUUGUUGAACACCGGUACAGAGCUCAUGGACAUUGAGGAAGCCCACUUGCGAUUUGAGCGCCACACUCACAAAGCCGAGGUGCGACUGGGCAUGCCCACUUUGAAACGGUUCGCCCGCCCGCUGGACUGGUGCGGCAUCGAGGGCGCGCUCCGCCACUACACGCGACAGGUCCGCAAAACGCAGGCGCGCGGCGAGGCUUUGCCGAAGCAGGUGCUGCCGCCGCUGAUGCUCCGCGAGUUGAGUAACUCGAGGAAGCACAUCCUAGCCAGGUCGGUGACCAUCAGUUCUCCGUUUCAGCAAGACAAGGACGAGCCUGUCUUCCUCUACAUGCACAUGAUGGACUUUAGGGCACCAGGCCCUGCGAAGUCAAUGCCGCUGGCAGCCCUCAAUGAGCGAGCGUUGAGUCAGCCGUCGGAGUUGCCCUCAGAACCAUCAGGCCAGCGAAGGCGGCGAUCGAAACGCGAGCAAGCCAGAGGAGCCCCCCCUACGGAGUUGGAGAGUGAAGCUGGUCAGCCAGGGUGA